AUGGACGUGUCAGGGACCGGAGAUGCGCCUCUCUCAGCAAAAGCCAACACUUCUGACGAGACACUGAAAUAUCACCUUUUGGGGCCGUCUCUGACAAAGGCUGGCCAAGACACGGUCGAUCAACAGAAGGUGUCGGAAGUCAUUUACGAAGCAUCCAAAGGGUCGAAAUUUUUUAAUCAUGAAAAAGUGCGGGAUCAAGCCCUGACGGAAAAGAUUCAACGGCUUUCAGCUCGGAAGGAGAAGCUUGAAAAGCAAGACCUUUCCGUACAGGCCCGUCGGGCUGACGAAUACAUUGCAGAACUAGAGUUGACUCGCGAUCUCUCCCAGGUUGUCGUGCAUAUCGAUUGCGAUGCGUUUUUCGCGGCAGUAGAAGAGCUGGACCGGCCAGAAUUACGGACUGUUCCGAUGGCCGUAGGCAGAGGCGUCCUGACCACUUGCAACUAUGUUGCCAGAAAGUACGGCUGCCGAAGUGGUAUGGCGAGCUUUGUCGCCAAAAAACUAUGCCCGGAACUUAUUUGCUUGCCCCAAAACUAUGCAAAAUACACGGCCAAGGCCAACGAAAUCCGAGCCAUCCUUGUCAACUAUGAUUCUCGAUUUGAAAGUGCUAGUAUCGAUGAAGCAUAUCUAAACAUCACUGAAUACUGCUCGACUAACAAUAUGGGCCCGGAAGAGGCCGUUCAGAAGCUUCGCGACACAAUAGCCGCGGAGACGAAUAUCACUGUUUCAGCAGGCAUUGCUGCAAACGCCAAAAUUGCAAAGAUUGCAUCUAAUUGGAACAAACCAAAUGGCCAAUUUUAUGUUCCUAGCGAGCGUGCCGCAAUCAUGGAUUUCAUGGCUAAAAUACCGGUGCGGAAAGUGAACGGAGUUGGACGAGUAUUCGAGCGGGAGCUUGACGCACUAGGAAUCAAAACAUGUAGAGAUAUUUAUCCACUUCGGGCCAUGCUAGCUCCUUUGUUUGGACAAAAGGCCUUCCAAUUCCUGAUGCAAUGCUACCUGGGGCUCGGAAGGACCACCAUAUCACCCGCUGAAGAACGCCAAAGGAAGAGCGUCGGAACUGAAAGUACGUUUCGAGAUUUAGAAGGCCUCGCGAAUCUUCAAGACAAGCUCAAAUCGACCGCAGUAGAACUUGAGAAGGACUUGCGUAAGGCUGACUGCAAGGGACGAACCCUGGUCCUGAAAGUCAAGCUGCAUACUUUUGAGAUUAUAUCGCGCCAGGCAGUGACACCCAAGCCCGUCCAUCUCGCGGAUGAGCUAUACAGAAAUGCACUCCCUUUACUAACAAAAAUCUACAAGGAGACGCCGAAUCUAAAGAUUCGCCUCAUGGGGCUUCGUUGCACCCAUCUUGUCAGCACGAAAAAGGCCGAUGUUAAUUUCUUCGGUACGCGAGGGGCUUGCUCUGCUGAACCCCCAGCGGGAGCGAUCGGUGGUGUUACUGGCGGAGCAGUUUUGUCAACCGAGGAAGAAUUUGAAGCUGCAGCCCUAGAGGAAAGGAUGAAUGAUAUUGAAGACCUUGAGACACUGAGUCAAGAGUUUGAGCCUUCGCGGACGGAAUCAGCAGGUCCCACAGAUGCCUCAUACCAGCAAUCUAGCAGUGAAACUUGGACCUGUCCUAUCUGCUCAUGUGUACAGCCGGCAGAUGAUGUGGCAUUCAACCGGCACGUGGACUUUUGCCUGUCAAAGGACACAAUCAAGGAGGAAGUUGACAAGACCCUGAAGAAUGACGCUCCCAUAUCCGCUGUGAAACGGAAAGCUGUGCUGGGGACCUUUUUCGACCGGGAAGCUCGCAAGCGUCUAUUUUUUGGAUGA